CUUCCCCCAGUUUUCCUCAGCUUCCCCCAGUUUCCCUCAGCUUCCUUCAGUUUCUCAGGUUCCCCAAGCUUCCCUCUGUUUCUUCCAGUUUGCCCCAGUGUCUCUCAGCUUCCCUCAGUGUCUCUCAGGUUUCCCCAGUUUUCCUCAGGUUCCCUCAACUUACCUCAGUUUCUUUCUGGUUUACCCAGCUUCCCUUAGUUUCUCUCGGGUUCCCCCAGUUUUCCUUCAGGUUUCCCUCCAGUUUCCCUCAGGUCUCUUCAGGCUCUGCCAGUUUCCCUCAGUUUCCUUCAGGUUCUGUUAGGUGAGACUGAUGGGGUGUCGGGGUCCCUGAGGUGUAGGGGAAAGCGAUGAGCCCAAGGAGGUCAGUUGGAGGAAACUGAAGGCCUCCCAGCCCCAGUGCUGUUCAAACUGAACAGGGUCCCCAAUAAAGGGCCAGUCCGAACCCUGACAUCCCUGUUUCUGCUGUUUCCCACAGUUCACUCCUGCCUUGACUACUGGGGGCGUCUAAUCUCCCUCCCUUUGUCUUUCCAGCUCCCCAGAGACCAUAGCAACUACAGAAGCUGAAGACAUUUCCAGAAGUUCAAGCUUUCACCCUCUUCAGGUCCCCACUGAGCUGGGACCCAGGUUCCCGCUCCUAUCCACCCCAGCAGGAGGCAGUCAGCCUGGCCAUGUGCCCCCCAGUCAGUGUGCCAUUGGAGGAAGAGGGCAUGUCCUACCUCUACGCCUCCUGGAUGUAUCGGCGUCAACAUGGAGACCAGCUCUGCGUUUGCUUCACUUGCUUCAAGAGUGCCUUUGAGAACCUUAAAGAGAUGCUGGAGUCAGAUAUCUUGGAAGAAGUCAACUGGGACCCUGAGCUGAUGGAGCACACUGAGGCAGAGUCUGAGCAGGAGGGGUCCCCAGAGAUGGAGCUGGGCUGGGGGCAGAGCCCAGGGCAGCCUAUGCAGGUGGGCUCUGAGGCAUGGGAGCCAGAGACCCUGGCAUUAGCCCCAGAAGGGGUGGAAGACGUAGCCCUAGACCUCGAAUUUGUGCCCACUGAACUAGGGCCUCAGGAUGCUGAGCCCCUGGGCCUGGGCCUUGAGGAUGCUGACUGGACCCAGGGUCUUCCCUGGAGAUUGGAUCUGCCUCUUAUCUGCUCACACUGGGAAAGCUGCGUUUCUUCAUGGCAGGAGUCUUUCAAAAUGGACCUGCCCCCAGGGUAGCCCAUGGUGUUGGAGCUGGGCACUACCUAGGCAGUGGACCCUGCCAAGGCUGAGGCCUGGUUACUGGCCCUGCAGCUCGUCUCCAUGGUGGACUGCUAUGAUGCCAUACCUCCAGAAGAUGACCCCGAACAGGGCCCUGAGGACCCCAGGGCAGCACUGGAAAUUGCUGCUAGAACCUGGUGAGGAGUGGGUGGUGAGACUCCAGGAUGCACCCCAAGAGCAGGACCUGCAUCAGUGGAAGCUGAGCAUUCUAGAAACAUCCUCAACAAGACACAGGGCAGAGCUGGUCCCUGCAGACACUGCCCUGCAGAAGAGGGGAUUCAUCAUAGUCGUCUUCACCCCAGACCGACAGGGAGAGAGAGAAGCUAUGGUCCUCCAGCCAAGGACAGAAUCCCAGCACCCCUGAGACACAGAGCAAGGGUUCUGAGGAAAGCCUGGCUGUUGCAGGAGUCCAGCCAUGGGGGAGGUACCCUGUUUCCAGCCUCAGUCCAGGGCCCCAGAACUGAGAGACUAAGCUCAUGUAGCUGCCAUUGAUCUGGGUAUACCAGGACAUCAGAGACUGAAGGACCAGCAAUUGCUCUUCCACAACAGCUAGGGGAGCAGUUGGUAAAAGAUGAGCCCUUAUGCCUGUGGAAAUAUGGGGAGCAGCUUUAGGGGCUGGGAGAUAGGGCCUGUUGUGGCCUCAGAGGGAAGCAUUACAAAUAUUCAUUACCUGGAAACAAGUUCUUAUCUGUUGAUUGUUACAUAGUUCUGGAUGUGUUGGCCUGAGUGGCUGCUGUGCUAUUUGUGACAUGGGGGGAGGGCACAGAACUUGUGCCUAUUUUACCUUGGCCAUGGGGUGGGAUAUUUCUUGUAAAACACAUACCCUGCAGAACACACCAGAAUCUGUUGUGACCUGGAUGUGUUCUCGACUUUGCCAGGACAAUCUAAGGGCUGCCACAAGACCCUGUCAGCAGCACUAGGGUCUCUGGUCUACAGGAAAAGCUGGUUUCAAACUUUGACGGUUGAUGCAAUUUAAUUCCUGUUUUAAAUGUUUUUAAUUAAAUAGUCAUAUAAGCAUUCAGUCAAG